UAUAUAUAAAAUAGUAGAUUUUUGUCAAUGGGCUUGCGGUCACACUGGAUAGCUACUAGUAUGACUUUGAUAUUUUAAAGAAAUUCAUCUGAUUCUGCGAUUAACACUCCUGAAAAUGCCGUCCUUCAAAGUAAAAGUGAAAUGGGGCCGCGAACUUUAUCCGGAUAUUGAUGUGAAUACCGAUGAGGAGCCAAUCUUGUUUAAAGCUCAACUAUUUGCGCUCACUGGCGUGCAACCAGAACGGCAAAAAGUGAUGUGUAAAGGCGGAAUUCUCAAGGAUGAUGAAUGGAAUUUACAGCUGAAGGAUGGUGCAGUUGUGUUAUUACUGGGUUCCAAGGAAAAGGUGCCAGAGGUUCCUCAAACACCAGUUAAAUUUAUCGAAGACAUGAACGAGGCCGAAGCAGCCACAGCGAUGCGUAUUCCAGCCGGUUUAACCAAUCUGGGAAAUACAUGCUACAUGAAUGCCACCGUUCAGUGUUUAAGAGCUGUGCCUGAGUUGCGCAAAGCAUUGGUUAAUUUUGGCCAAGAUACUUCAGAUAGUGGAUCAACGGCAUCGACCGUUUCAUCGGCCAUGAAGAUCGUAUUUGCCCAAAUGGAGAAGGGCACUACAAUUACGCCAAUUGUGCUUUUGCAGGCUUUACAUCGAGCGUCGCCACAAUUUGCUCAGACUGGAGAGAAUGGCACCUAUCGUCAGCAGGAUGCCAACGAAUGUUGGUCAGAGAUUCUCAAGAUGCUGCAGCAAAAACUGCGUCCAUUGAGUCAAGAAUCGGAUGGUGCUAUUGCCGAAAAGAAAACGCACAACUCAUUUAUUGAACAGUUCUUUGGCGGCACCUUUGAAGUGAAAAUGACCGCAGACGAAGCUCCUGAUGAACCUGCCACAAUUUCAUCUGAGAAUUUCUUGCAGUUGAGUUGCUUUAUUUCCAUGGAGGUUAAAUACAUGCAAAGUGGUCUCAAAUCGAAAAUGAAAGAACAGCUGGUUAAAAACUCUGAAUCCUUGGGUCGCGAUGCGCAUUAUACCAGAACUUAUUUAGUGAGCCGUCUUCCCGCUUAUUUGACCGUUCAGUUCGUACGUUUCCAAUACAAAGGCAAAGAGGGUAUCAAUGCGAAGGUCUUGAAAGACAUUAAAUUUCCCAUGGAUUUCGAUGCAUUUGAACUGUGCACGCCCGAAUUACAACAAAAGUUGUGUCCCAUGCGUGCCAAAUUUAAGGAAGUCGAUGAUAAAAAAAUGGAAGUGGAGUCGCAGAUAAAGCAAACUGCCAAAUCGAUGGAGAUCGACGAGGAAAUCGAUGAAAGCAAGUAUGAGAAAUUCUCAUUCGAUGACGAUUUGGGAAGCAACAAUUCGGGAUUUUAUACGCUGAAGGCUGUGUUGACACACAAGGGCCGCUCCAGUUCGUCAGGUCAUUAUGUGGCCUGGGUGCGUUCCAGUGGCGAUGUCUGGUUCAAAUUUGAUGAUGACGACGUCACUUCGGUAACAACCGAUGAGAUAUUGCGACUUUCUGGCGGCGGCGAUUGGCAUUGCGCAUAUGUUCUUUUGUAUGGCCCAAAACUUUUAGAUAAGUGCUAGAUAUUUGUCCAAUAAUAAUUACUUGCGAGGUUAACACACUGAUUAUUAAUCCAUUUAAUAAAUUGAAUUGAUCAAA